UCAAGAACGGCCUUGACUUCAAGCUCGUGUAAAGCUGCAUGUCAUGGGAGUGUAAUUUAUACCCAUUUAUUGGUAUUUUUAUCAUUGCUUUGUUAUUUUGAAUUCAGUGCGACAAACAAGCAAAUACUUCAAGCUGCUGCAAUUGAAUUGUGCUCCUGGUGGACGGAAGGUUGCUCCAGGUCAGAGGAUGUUACCUCAAUUGCUCAAGGCGGGUGCAGCUCUUGCUGCCACCACUGCUGCAGUAACACUUGGGAAAGGAUAUUUUGGGACUCUCCAAUCUGAAGAUCCAUCAUCAACCACAUCUGCUGAUCAAGAAGCAUCUUGGCCUGGUGACCUGGAUCAUACAAAAUUAGAGAAAAUAAAGGAUGCUGCCCGGGAGCUGGUCUUGAGAAAGAAGGAGGAGUGUGGAGCGCCGGGCGUGACAAUCGCUGUCUCAAAAAAUGGACGUCCGGUCUGGGCCGAGGGUUUCGGGUACGCCGAUGUGGAGAAUUUUACUCCGAUGACUCCGCGGCACGUGCUGAGAAUAGCCAGUAUCAGCAAGCCGAUCACGAUGGCACUGGUGGCACGUGCUAUGGACGCCGGUCUUCUGGACGCGAGCCACACCGUGCACCACUACCUGCCGCACUACCCGCGCCACAGCGUCGACGGCGAACAGGUGGACAUGACCAUAGACCAGAUUGCGACGCACCAAGCGGGUAUCAGACAUUAUCAUAAGAAGCCAGAUGCUCAUAUUAUGAAGCAAAAUUCUGAAAACUCGAAGAAGAAGAAACUUGCACAUGAGGUGUUGGAACAUGAGAGUAAACGUCGCUCGAACUCGGGAGAUGAUAAGGAGUCGGCCGGACGUCCCGAUUUCGCAGACACCGACAGCGAAAAGCCAGAUUCAGGGGAAAAGAAGAUUCAGUCUGAAAAGAAGCAAACAGAGCCAGUGCCGGCCAAAGAAUUUCACACCACCGACAAGUAUGACAACGUUGGAGAAGCCCUGAGUGUCUUUAAGGAUGACGAGCUCAUCCACAAGCCAGGCUCGGACUUCCACUACUCGACGCACGGAUACACACUUAUCAGCGCUGUGCUGGAGGCAGCCACUGGGGCCCGCUUCAGAGACCAGCUGCGCCGCAUGUUCUACGCCAUGGAUCUACGCUCCACGUAUGUGGAUGAGAAUGACACCAUCAUCCGGAAUCGUUCCAGGUAUUACGUGCGUGGCAAAGAUGGCAAGCUGCAGAACGCGCAGCACGUCGACAACUCGUGGAAGAUCGCCGGCGGCGGUCUGUUGUCGACUCCGACGGACCUAUGUCGGUUUGCCGACAUUAUGCUGUACAGCUGGCAGGCGGACGAAGGUGCGCAGCCGGCCGGCUACCUGCGCCCGGCCACGGCGCGCUGGCUAUGGACGCCGGCGCCGCCACCACCGCCGCCUACCGGCCGCCGCCGCCGCCCCUGGACACCCAACAGGUUCGCGCGCGGCUGGCACGUGGGUCGCGAGCAGCCGGAGCUGGGCGCCGGCCCGGGCGCCGCUAUGGUGGCCUAUCACACGGGCGGCGCCGCCGGCUGCAGCUCCAUACUGCUGGUGCGGCCCGACGGUCAGCAGACCGGGAACGACGGACGGCCGCGCGGCGUGUCGGUGGCCGUCAUUGCCAACGCGCAGGACGUCAGUCUGAGAGAGGUGGCUGACGACGUGGCGCGGCUGUUCGCCGAAUGAGAGCGCCGCUGUGCGUCCUUCGAUCACCCACCGUCGCUCCGCCCUGACUAAUCACCUUCCGUUCACCAGCGAACCACCCGCUCGCCCGGCCAUCUACCACUGUCCCUCCGCUCUGGCUGUCCACCUGCCCAUCCGGCCUGCCGUCAACCUACCGGCCGAGCCUACGUACCCAGUCCACCCAUCCACCUACCCACCGACGGGCCGAGCCUACUCAGUACUCACUUAUCCACCGACCGACCGGCCUCCGCCAGUCCUUACUCUCAGACUAUCCGGCUGUCUACCCAUCGUCCACCCGCCCACCGUCUUUCCGCCCUGAAUGACCGACGCCCGUCCAUUGGCCGCCGACUGACCCGGCCCCGUCCGUCGCCCGUCCGUUGGCCGCCUCCCGCCGACUGGCCACCGUCUUCCCGCCCGAUCCCAUCCGUCGCCCCUCUCGGCCCGCCCGGUCUCGUCAUUCGCCCGCCCGCCUGGUCCGCCCGGACCGCGAGACCCUAUCAACCCUCAGUCACCCGGCAUUGAGUCUAAACGACUGACACAGUUCCUGGUACCGAGUCCAAACGACUGACACACUGACACAGUUCCUGGUACCUACCGAGUCUAAACGACGGGCACAGUCCCCACAGUCCCCAUCGUCCGCCAGCCACCAGCGCGGUUCAACUUAGCAGCGGAUCACUUGGAUUGCCACCAAUCUACUCCGAGGAUUCAUUUUAGUAGUGUUUAUCGCUCAUGACUUAGCGUGAUGUCCCAAUGUCGUGAUGUCCGUUGUGGUAGCCGUUUGUCAUGGUAAGGCUAGCUUCAGACAGGUCACUUUGAAGUUGAUAAGCUGUAGGCUAACUUGGAUUGAAUGGAAGAUACCUACAUAUCGACACCUUUUUUUAAACCCCUCAUCUGCUCUCCCGUGAAUAUCCGGGAGGCACGAAAGAUCUCCUUUUAAAAGUGUCCAAUCGUCCGAUCCUGAUCAAAUAUGUGUGUUCGUAGGCCUGUUCUGGUAUUGCUUUAUCUGCCAAGACAGACAAACUUGAGAAAAAUCGAGUGAUUGUACCUUUUUUGAAGGUCUCUAACCAAAUUGUCUGAAAUUCACCGGAGAACAAAUGUGGGUUUUUUAAAAAAGGUGUCGAUGUCAUAGAUAGAGAGAUUUGAUUGCCAUGAAAAAUACCUAACGAAAAAGCCUACCUAAAAAAAAUACCUUCAAUUUCAUCAUCGGCUCCAUAUAGCUAGAACAAGUUCUUCUGUUGCAAAUUUACCCAAUUCAGCUGUUAUAAAAAAAAAAUAUUUAGAAAUGUAAAACUAAAAUGCAUGAUAAUGCAGCAGCGCCGAAUUUGAACGAGGGUGUGCUGUAUGCAGGGAGUAGGUAUGUGGAUUGUGGAAUUGGAAACGUUUUUCGACUGUGAUUAGGUGUGGCUCAGGUGAUCGUGUCCGUUCUUCAAUUUCAUCGUGGCGAUUUAUCAACUUACAUUUAUCAUAUGUGUACAUGUUUGCAUUAUGUGAGAGUAGAGUAUGUACUGUGUAUGCAAGCAUGCGUGAUUUGUACUCGGUGUGUAAUUUUGUAGCGUGUUUAGAGGCCACUACCUCUACCCAUUGGCUAGCAGUACACCUUUCGGUAAUUGCUGGUAUCAUUCACGGCAUAUUGUUGCUGAAAGGUUGUCCAUUGUACAACCAGCGUUUGCUGUAUGUGACUAUUGUGCUGGCAUUGGACCCAAAUGAAAAUUUCAAAGAAUGCUCGAUGACCUGUGAUCAUGUGAGGAGUGUGCCAUAGGUACCGUGCGGGAUCUCAUGUUGUAAUUUUAGUGUCGAUAUAUGUCAAGCACUAGUUCUCUUGCAUGGCUCAUCAAUGAGAGGCUCUCAUUGAUAAGCGAUGCAAGAGAACUAGAGAACUGAGAGCAAAAUGCAAACACCUAGUGAUUUCGUCUCAUAAGCCUGUAAAGUGCAAGAUAUCACCUGCAGCAUCAGUAUGUGACAACUUCCUCGACACUGAACGCAAAACUGGCAUCGAUAAGGUGCGCUUGUUUUGUCUUGUUUUGUUCAAGGCUCAAGCAUGUUUCUACCUGAGAUGAGGAAUUGAUUCUGUGCCAUACGUUUCACCGGAUAAAGUGUAUUUUGCUAAUGUUUAACCUUCUUUCAUCACGUCAAUUUUCAGAGAAACUGUGGCCAGACCACUCGCGACCCUAGUAUUUUCACCAAACAGAGCUCGGCCGACGGUCCGAUACCGGGACAAUCUGGACCUGUUGAUUGUCCAGGCUGAUGGCCUGCGCUCACAUCUUCACCACUGUUUGCGCCGAGUGGGUGGGCGUGGUGAAGGGCUGUGAUUAGAACAACUACGCCCGUCGCCCAGCCGGGCGUGUGGUAGGAGCAGCCGGCGAAACAGAUCUGACGGUGAUUUACAAACAUUACCGAAUAUAAUUGAUGUGAAUUUAAA